AUGGCUGGUGCUGUUGUAAUCGAAACAAAUCAGAAUUUACAAGUAUUUGUUAGUAAUAAAUUAAUGAAGAACGCAACACUUAGUAACUACAAACAGCAGCAGCAGCAUCAACAACAACAACAACAACAACAACAACAAUACCGUGAAUGCAAUGGUUAUAAUAAAAUGGCUAUUUCAUUAGAACGUUAUAAUACUUCAGCAUCUCCAUCGGGUGGGUUACUAUCAUCACCAUCAUCUACCGGAACAGCAGCAAUUGGAGUAACGAGUAAUAAAUAUAAUCGUGAGAGUAAUAAAAAUGAGCAUAACCGUCCACAAAAUUUUGUAUAUAAUACCAACAAAUCAUCAACGUCAUCCUCGUUGCCUGUAACAGUGCCACUAUGUCUUCUUGGAGAUGUACAGUUACGUUUUCUUUGUCCAGAAGAUUUAGAAGAAGUACGUGCACUGUGCCAAGACUGGUUUCCGAUAGAUUAUCCGUACUCAUGGUAUGAAGAUAUAACAAGUUCAUCACGAUUUUAUGCACUGGCAGCAGUAUUUGGCGGUGUUAUAAUUGGAUUGAUAGUCGCUGAAAUAAAACCAUUUGCGACUUUAAAUAAAGAAGACCAAGGUAUAUUGUGUUCAAGUUUAGGUAAAGAAUCACUCGUCGGGUAUAUAUUAUCGUUGGGUGUACGUCGUGCUUAUAGAAGAAAUGGUAUUGCUUCGUUAUUACUUGAACAGUUAUUGGCCCACGUGACAGCACCAGAACGUUCAAUAGUUAAAGCUGUAUUUCUACAUGUACUGUCAAGUAAUGCACCAGCAAUAUUAUUCUACCAAAGAUGUCAUUUUAGACUACAUAGUUUUCUGCCAUAUUAUUACUCAAUACGUGGUAAGUGCCGUGAUGGAUUCACAUAUGUACUUUAUGUCAACGGUGGUCAUGCACCCUGGGGCCUUUGGGACUGGAUGCGUCAUUUAGCUGGUGCAAUGUCUAGCUUAGGACCAUGUAGAGUACCACACUGGAUUUGGCAACGAUUAAUGUGGGCUGCGACUCUGCUCUCUUAUCAUAGAUGA